AUGGGGGGGGUGACUCCGCCCACCAGCCUUGCCCUAUCCGGAGCUGCUGGGGGCGGCGCUAAGAAGCGCCUGGUGGCGCCGACACUCAGCCUCACUCUGAGCCGCAGAGACUCUCAUGACCCAAGCAGCGACAGCUUCUCCGCCGCCGCACUGUCUGGGACGCCCGAGGAGACGCCGUCACUCGACAUCAACCUGGAGGCGCUGGAGACGCCAUCGGGCAGCGAGACGGGAACGCUGCCUGACGGCGUCUACGAGCUGGAGUGGGAAGAUGACCUCCCCCGAAUGGCGAGAGCCGGGGCCUCGUCCGAGAGUGUGGCCAGGAGCCCAGUGGAGCAGACCGAGGAUCUGAUGGAGCUGGACCAGGUGGACCAGAGGGGGCGCCACUGGAGGAGGUUCUGCGUCUCCGGACACGAAUACCAAGUCAACAUGAGUGUCCUGGAACCGUACCUGCAGGUCCUGUCACACGGAGGUUACUAUGGAGCCGAGAUGAAUGCCAUCAUCCUGUUCACUUCCUGCUACCUGCCGGAGAACACGGUGCAGGACUACGACUACGUCAUGGACAACCUGUUCAGGUACAUUGUGGGAACGUUGGACCUGAUGGUUUCAGAGAACUACCUGCUCAUCUACCUGUGUGCCAUGGCUCCCAGAAACAAACUGCCGCCCAUCAAAUGGCUCAACCAGUGCUACACCUCCAUCGACCGGAGGCUGAAGAAGGACCUGAAGGGGCUGCUGGUGGUUCAUCCUGCCUGGUACAUCAGAGCUCUGCUCACUGUGGUCAAACCCUUCAUCAGUGAGAAGUUCAGCAGGAAGAUCCAGUUCAUCCAGACUCUGCAAGAACUCUCUCAGUUCAUCCCCAUAGACAGACUGCAGAUCCCAGACGCCAUACGGCAGUUUGAUGAGAAGCUGAACAGAUGACGGUCACAGAGGUCGACUGGUGGAUCCUGAAGGUCAAAUGUCAGCAGGAUCCUCUCAGCCUGAUGAUCUUUGACCUCCUGCCUGUACAGAACAAAAGACUCUGGGUUUAUUUAUACUGUCUUUAAA